AUGAUCUUUUUUUAUUAUUUUACGUAUUUCGUAUUUCGUUUCGAUUAUUUUUCUUACCACCCAUUCUUUUUCUAUUGUACCAUUAUUUUUUUUUUCUUCGUUUUCUCUCUCUUUGUUUCUCUCUUUCUUCUUUUUAUUUUUCUUUCUUUUCCUUUCUUUUUCGAAGUUCUCUUUCCAAUUUCAAUGUACUUUUUUUCCUUCAUUGUUUUCUCUCUGAUUUUUCCUUCUUUCUUUUUCUUUCUUUCCUUUUCUUUUACUAUCUUCCUUUUCCAAUUACAAUGUACUCUUAUUAUUUCUUUUUUUCCUUCAAUUAUUGCUCGCUCUUUUAAUAUUUCUAUUCUUUCUUUUUCUUUCUUUUGCUUUCUUUUUCUAUCUUCUCUUUCCAAUUUCAGUAUUCUUUCAUUAUUUCUUUUUUUUUUCUUCGUUUUUUUCUUUCUUUCUCUCUCUGUUUCGUUCUUUCUUUUGCUUUCUUUUUCUUUCUUUUGCUUUCUUUUUCUAUCUUCUCUUUACAAUUUCAAUUUCUUUGUCUUCUCUAUCUUUUUUUCUUUCUUUCUCUCUUUAUUUUUCUUUCGUUCUUUCUUUCUUGUUGAAAUUUCUAUUCGCCUUUCUUUAUUUCAUUCAUUGUUUAGUGUUUAUUCGUUACUGUUUCUUUCUUUUGCGGGCAUUGAUCUUUCUUUCUUUCAUUCUUUCUUUCUUUCAUUCCUUCUUUCUUUCAUUCUUGUUUUCUUUCUUUUUUCUUUCUUUCUUUUUCUUAAUUCCUUUUUUUCUUACGUUCUCUCUAUGUGGGCUUGUUCUUUGUUUUUUCUGUCUUUUUUUCUUUUUCUUUCUUUCUUUUUCUUUCUUUCUUUUUAUUUCUUUCUUACUUUUUUUUUCAUUCUGUUGAUCUAUCUAUCUAUCUAUCUAUCUAUCUAUCUAUCUAUCUCUUUUAAUUCUAUCUAUUUGCCUAUCUAUCUACUCACUUUAUUCUAUCUAUCUAUCUAUCUAUCUAUCUAUCUAUCUAUCUAUCUAUCUAUCUCAUUCUUAACUUUAUUCUAUCUGUCUAUCUGUGUACUUAAUCUCUUCACUCUAUCUAUUUAUCUAUCCAUCUAUCUAGUCACUUUAUUCUAUCUAUCUAUCUAUCUAUCUAUAUAUCUAUCUAUCUAUCUCUCUAUAUAUAUAUAUAUAUAUUAG